ACCUACUAGUAUUGUGUUAAAUAGAACUCAGGACAGGAGUGUAUUCAUGUGUGCGGGAAUUCUUCCGAAUGUUUAAUCGCACACCUGUCAGUAUUAGAACUUCAUAGUAUUGAAGGCCCCACGAGGUCGUGUUUGCAGUGUAAACAGCUGUUCCACAUGGAUCCUAAUUAUAAUUUUAAUCAGGGAAUGAACCCUUCAAACCCUUACCACGCAGUGUCUUCAUCCCAGAAUAUGGCGGGAACCAAUAUAUGGACGGGAAAUUAUCCCAACUUCCAGCAAAUGCAGCAACUCAACUCGCAACUAGGUGCUAUGAAUUUGAACAAUCCCGGGACAAAUUACUUGGACGCUUAUAUGAACAUGUCGCAAAAUAACGGCACCGGAACCCCUAACAACGGACCGUUCGUUAUAGCUUCCGUACAACCUUCCCCAAUGGCCAAUUUCCAAGGUACGGCUGGGGUUAACAUGCAACCUUUACCGAACAACAUGCCAACAAAUAUGGCUGGCUAUCCCAACGGACAAAUACCGAUAUCCCCACAGACAAACCCGACGUCACCCUUCCACGUGAUGAGUCCGGAAGAGUUUGCCCUGUGGACCCUUCAAAACAACAUUGCUCUUGGAAACAUGCCCCCUGAGACUGCUAUAAACAACGCGCAUUCUAUUCCAAAGGGACACACGGUGGUUCCUAUCACUGUGACCGGGGUAGUUCAGUCCCAGUCUUCCCCUGUGUCGCCGACCACUUCUUAUAGUUCCAGUUCCGGUCCCCAGACCCCGACAACUCCACGGACCGUACGUAUAACUGAAGGGUCGCAAGGAACCGGAAGACCGUUACACGUGCAGCUCAACGAAACUGGAAGUACCUCAUCAAGUUCAAUGCCAGGGUCGCCGUCAAGUAUAUCGGGACAUUCGCUUCCGGAGACUUCAGUUUCCUCUCCGCUCUCUCCGGAUUCUGAAAACGUUUUUGCAAACAAUGAGUGGAAAUCGGGAAAUGUACCUAUUCGUUCGCAUUCUCUGAAAUAUCAUGUGAAAUAUCCAAAGGAUAAGUGUUAUAAGUGUAUGAAAAAGCUUUAUCCAAUGGACCGAACGGGGCCGGUAAAGGAUGCAAUGUACCACAAGGGAUGUUUCACUUGUAAAGUGUGCGGUACCCUCUUAAACAUGAAGAAUUACUACCUUAAUAAAAACGACACGUUUGACCAUAAUAUUUAUUGCAAAUCCCAUCAGCCUGCAGGGACGGGAAAGGGCACGGGCGCGGAUUCUGUGUUGAUCAAAGGUGCAUUGAGUGUUCCGAAACUGGAAAAGGUGAAUGAACAAAUCCGAGGGGAUCAGAAUUAUCACAUGGACGCCAACGCCGUAGAAAUUGCUCACGCUCGUAGUGUACCCGUGCCCGACCUUCAAAUGGCCAAUAAAGUCAAGGAGAAAGCAUGGACUAAGGACCAGCGGAAGUCCGAGGGUGUUCCGCCCCCGGAUGUAGUCCGGUACAAGGAUCCGGUCCCCGAAUAUGAUCCGGAAAGUUACGAAAGAUACAUGGUGGAAAACAACCCUGACUAUUAGUCUAUAAGUGAUAGUAGAAAUAUGAAAUCGGAUACACGACAACUUUCUACGAUCAAUGUGUAAUCGAAAGCGUGCACCGUGCUUAUCGCCCGAUUAUCGGAAAUCAUUGUAUCUCGGAAUCGGGCCGUUUAAUUCUACUAUGCCUGUUAUUUGAAUGGUGAAACUUUACACAUUAAAGAGAGUGUGCGAGAAUUAAGCUUGAUUUACAUUGUAUAAUAGCUAACAAUACACAAGGACUUUAAAAACACCCGGAUAUGGCUGACCCAUUCCGCUCCACACAUAGUUUCGAUUUCUGUCGAGUAAAUAGGUCGGCAAUGGUGCGUGUAGUUAACAAUUAGAUCCUAUGGUGCCAGUUUUAAGAGUUUUAUAAAGCUGACCCUAUAGUUGUCUACACUUUGAAUCUGGGACACCAUUCAGCAGCUAAUCGCUCGUUAUUUUCUCCGAAUUGUCCAGUAAUGGCCGUCUUACCGCCUUCGUCACCAAUCAUGAUAUAAAACAGUCGUAAAAAAAACCCCAGGCAAUAUGACGAAAUAACUGCACACCUGAAAGUGUUUGUGAGGGCAGGGAAUAGAAGUUUAUUAAGAGAAACUCAACUCCCCCCCCCCCCCCCCCCCCAAAAAAAAAAAAAAAUUUAAAUGCAAUUAUAUGUUUAUUACAAAUAUCGACUUGCAGCCAUGCAUGAAAUUGUUUUAUAUAUUAUGACUGAUAUUAACAGAUGUGAAUAUCCACUGUAAAACUGAGUAUUUAUAUAUAUUAUUUAUGAUAUUAUUAUACAGUAUUUCAACCAUUUAUCAAUCAAAAUUGAACUGAAUACGUGUAUUUACAUUUGUGACUUACUUAAACAUGAACUAGACUUGCUUUUUUGAGUUACAAUGUAAAAGAAUGUGGAAAAUGUUCAACGAUUACGAAUACACCGAAGAUGUCAUUUCUUUGUACAUUUGUAUUGAUAUGUUUAAUAAUGUCCCCUUUUGUUAUUCAUUGUUUAUAUACCUCAAUAACAGCAUCACAAUACAC